GAAAGCCGGGAAGAGGCAUGGUAUCUACUUUCUCGUCUCCUGCCCCUGCCCCUUCCCGGGACCCGUGAUGCUGAGGCAGCUGCAAGGAGCGACGAACAGUCGGGGUUGAGCCCCAAGUGAGCUGAGGGCUGGUGCUCUUCUGGCCCUAUCCCCCGGGCCCGCCCCACUUGAAGAAAUGAGUGGUGGAUUGGCCCCAAGUAAAAGCACAGAGUAUGUACCAAAUCUGCCCUUUUCCCUGACCAACAAUGACUUAUAUUGGAUAUUUUCCAAGUAUGGCAAAGUUGUAAAGGUUACUACAAUGAAAGAUAAAGAUACCAGGAGGAGUAAAGGGGUUGCAUUUAUUUUAUUUUUGGAUAAAGACUCUGCACAAAACUGUACCAGGGCAAUAAACAACAAACAGCUAUUUGGUAGAGUGAUAAAAGCAAGCAUUGCUAUUGACAAUGGAAGAGCAGCUGAGUUCAUCCGAAGACGAAACUACUUUGAUAAAUCUAAGUGUUAUGAAUGUGGGGAAAGUGGACACUUAAGUUAUGCCUGUCCUAAAAAUAUGCUUGGAGAACGUGAACCUCCAAAGAAGAAAGAGAAAAAGAAAAAAAAGAAAAUUCCUGAGCCAGAAGAAGAAAGUGAAGAAGUAGAAGAAAGUGAAGAUGAAGGGGAAGAUCCUGCUCUUGACAGCCUCAGUCAGGCUAUAGCUUUCCAGCAAGCCAAAAUUGAAGAAGAACAAAAAAAAAGGAAACCCAGUUCAGGAGGUCCUUCAACAUCAGAUGAUUCUAGACGCCCAAGGAUAAAGAAAAGCACAUACUUCAGUGAUGAGGAGGAACUUAGUGAUUAAAAAUAUAUAUAUUA